UGUCGACCCCGUGGUCUCUGAAUCAGUGUUAAAUAAUGCCAAAUUCGUUAAGAAUGAGAUUUUUACAGAAACUUCAUUAAAGCCUUUCGAAGGAGAUAUAUUGCGAUUUGAUUGGUUCACCAUCCACGCCGCCAAAACUAUAACUAUAAAUUCUCAAGAUCCCGCCCAAAUGACAAAUUAG